UAUCAUUCAUGUCCUUCCACAAAUAAGGGAUGAUGGGCCAGGCUGUGGAAAAUAACCUACAGAGGUUUGCUGAAGGUGGUGACUGGCUCCAUCCUGAUAGCUUAUGAGAUCAGCAGAAUUGAAGGGGGUUUGGUUCCGAUGAGCAGGGAACUGCCACCCAGGUUCAUGUACACCAAAGAGUGGCAACACCUCAUCAUAUUCAUCACCCUCACCCUCAAUGGCUGUGUAGACAUCAUGAACAAGAACCUGCUGCCUCGGAGGUGUGCACCCCUGCAGAAAGGCGCCCUGGCCCUGACCUUCUACGUGCUCCUGCCACUGUUGGCGUCUCACAUCCAGGUCUCAAUGGGGGUGGAGCUGCAGGUUCAUUGUCUGUUCAUCUUGGUGGUGCUCCUGACGAUGCUGGUGCUGACGGACCCUGACUCGUUCCGUCUCUCCCUGAUCGAGAUCCUUCUGUUCCUGAUCAUGGGCUCCUGGCUGAUGCAGGCAGGCUUCAUUCUGUACAGACCAGUCACCAGCUACCCCUGGCAAGAUGAUGACAUCAGUGACAUCAUGUUUGUCACCACCUUCUUCUUGCAUGUGGUGAUCAACGCUUUCAGCCUGCUGGGGAUCUAUGGCAUCUCCUCCUUUUGGCACAGGUGUUACAGUCCCAGCUUGACGCUGAUGGGGUUUGAAGCAGCUGUGUUGCAUGAGCACGGUGGGACGGCUCUACAGAUUGCUGCCGGGGUGGAGCUGUCGGAGAGGGAUGACCAGGCUCCUCUCCUUUUCCAGAGCUCCCCUGACACAGGGCCCAGAAAGCCUGGCACAGGCAUUCCUAUAAGGAACCUCCAGAGCACUGAAACUCAGCAGGGCGAGUUGCCCAAGCCUCGCAGCUGGUACGCGGCUAAACAGGAAUUCACCUGCCAGUGCGACUUACUCAAGCCGGUGACUGUGUCCCCGGGGCCACAGUGA